AUGCCGCCAGUCCCCGCUGACCAGAGCUCGAGCACUGCUUCUGCUGCAGCAGACGAAAUCCCAAUACCAACUUACAGUGACGCUUCAUCCGGCAUUGCAUCUCAGCCAAGCAUUCAUCACACCAAGCCAAAACCUGACUCCAUGUCCUCCGCACUGCCCCUUUCAAUGGGUGCAUUCCGCAUCCUCCUUGCCUUGCUGGCACUGAUUGUUGCCCUCGUGGCCGCCGUAUCCUUGUCCGCGGCACCCCCAGCAUGUACGCCGUUGGAUCAACCAAAUCCGAUCGCCAACGAUUAUCCUUACAACGCCACUGGUCUUCUCAACGUCACACUUGCUGUGAUUCCCAUUCCUCUUAGUUUUGCCCGCACCCUCAUCCCACCCCAGUGGCCCAUCCUCGUGCACGUCUAUCAGGCUCUGUUUGCUGCCCUGGGGGUGUCGGAGGAGGUGUUUCCACCAGACCACUACCCGCUAAUGGUCCAGGCCGGUCUCGACCACGACAUCCAGAUGGCAGCCUACAAGCUGUCCAUUUCCGACUUCCAGCGUGCCGGCUACGAGUUUCCCUUUGUCGACCGCCUCGGGGACAACCACUCCUCGUUCCGCUGGGUGCCGCACCAGAUCAUCACGGCCAGCAACGCCGACGCCGUCGAAGGAUCCCGUGCCUACGGCACUCUUGUGUCCCCGAGCGAAUCAUUCGACCCGCCGUGCGAUGCCUACCGGUGGCUAGGGCACUACGGCGGCACUACCAACUUCAAGGCGUACGCUCGCAACAGCACGUCCAUACGCCUCUCCUUUUACCACACAUACUAUAGCCCGCCGGCGCUCCCGUUGGACCUGUUCCGCAACAUGACGAAUCAGCCCAGUUUUGCAAACGGCACGGCCUGUGACAACCAGAUCCGGCUGUUUAACACGGCACACUUUUUUGGAACAGGCAACACGAACCUGGCAGCGCAUCCCGUCCGGGGGUCCGUCACGUCGGCCAAUUUCGCACCCCUCAACGGCAUGCAUACCUGGGGUGGCAAUGUCCACGGCUGGCAGCUGGCCACGCCUUUCAUUGAGAACAACUACCUCGACUGCGACGACUUUAAGGGAUAUGAUGGUGUUGAUCUUCCGGGAUAUUAG